CACACAGUAGGUCUCCAGCGCGCGCGCACACACACGCACGCACGCACGCACGCACACACACAUAGACGUGCAGAGAGCCGUCGUCCGAGCGCACGCCACCAGCCGCAGCGCCAGCAUCCCGAGGACAUCCAGGAUGGACGUGCUGAUGAAAGGCUUCUCUAUGGCCAAGGAGGGAGUUGUGGCCGCGGCCGAGAAGACCAGGGCAGGUGUGGAGGAGGCAGCUGCCAAAACCAAGGAGGGGGUCCUCUAUGUAGGUGCGAAGACGAAGGAGGGAGUCAUAUCAAGCGUAAACACAGUGGCUAACAGGACCACAGAACAGACCAACAUAGUGGGCGACACGGCGGUUGCGGGUGCCAACGAGAUCUCCCAGAAGACGGUGGAGGGAGUGGAGAACGUGGCGGCAUCCACCGGACUCGUGAACCCGGGUGACUUUUCCCAUGGAGGAGGCAGCAUGGAGCAGGGCGGCGAUGAGGGAUAUUAGUCCUGUGACCGAGGGCCGACAGCAACCCACUGAACUAGCCCGCUCACUCCCACCCCUCAGAGUGCUCUGUUUCCCACCCCUCGAACCUCAGACCGCUGGUCUUACUCAUAUUUUUGUGAACCUAUAAAAUCCAAAAUUCAGAGAGACUCUUCAACCCCCGUUAGUCCUGUAGCUCCACCCUGUCCCUUGUCCUGUGUCGAUGUCCCCCUCGUUGGCUUACACUCUUACCCGUUCAUUACGGCCACCUUGAUCUUCACACGCACACACACACGCACACACACACACACACACACAUACGCACACGCAGAAAACAUUCCAGCACCACGACUGAGACUGAUCUGCGCUGUUCCUAGACUGGUCUCCAUUGGUCCACCGCAAAACCGGAAGUGUUACCGUGCAACCAGACGGGGUAAAUCGUGUUCUUGUCUGUCUUGGAUGUGCCCAUCGAGCCGUACCUUAGCAUGCGGUCCCGCUUUCAGCGUUCGCGCGACAUGUCGGCAGCUGCGCUUGUAGUCGUUCGCCCCAGUGAGGUUUGCAUGGCGAGACCCGCCUUGUCAUUCUGUCGAAAAAAACAUCCACGGGAACCACCCCUCCCUUUCGGGGUCAAGUCCCCAAAACUGCAGCCCAGGGCCUAAAGUCAGCGCAGUCAAAGGUGAAGUGGCGUCACCCCGUCACCGGGAGCCACCCUUCAGUUCGGUGCCGCUGGGCAAGGCAACAGGUCUGCAUCUGCUUGGCUUCAUGGAAGAGAAGGAGGUGGAUGAGAAGGAAGGAUGGGAGCCUAGACGCGUGUGUGAGGUGGAAGGAUCGCGCUGGGUGUUUGAUCCAAGGCUGCAGAAAUAGAUGAUGUCCUCUACGUGGUCCUCAGCGAAGGCCAGAGUUUGAAGAGGUUUUGUUCGAUCGGAUGUUGGCGUGUGGGCCAAAGGAAUGCUGGGAUGUUGAGCUUUUCUGGGUAUGACUGUAGAAAAGACUCUGCUUUGACUUGUGUUAACGGGGAGCCACGUGCCCCCGUCCUGGCCCCGAAAUAGCCCUCCGCUCUUGUCGGAUUUAGGUAGCUGGAUGGAAGAAUGAACGACGCCUUACCGGGAGUUGGAAACCCACCCCACCCCACCGCACACGGACACACACACAGAUAGGAUGUACAGUAUACGAACCGACGCUCUCCUCCCCACCACGACACACACAGACACGCCCACGGACUCACCCCUGUGUACGCCGGCAUCCAAGCAGACAAGCUGGUUUUAUAAAUGGUACAAAGUGAAUUAAAGAAAAUUUUGUUGAAAUCCGCAA